CCUCAGAAAAUAUGUUGAAUAAUUUUUUUAGCUGCACAGAAGAAAUAAAAAUACCAUGUUUAUUAGAGAAAAUAUUAACAAACAACUUCGAUGUAAACACGGAUACAAACACGUCGUGGGUAAAAAUAGGAGGUCAUACAUUCCAGAAAAACGUUUGCAUUGAAGAAAUUGAUGUUUUAGUGCGAUUAAUGAAACGAGAAUGGUAUCAGCUGCAAAAUAUACCUUUAUACGACUCUCUAGCUGUACACACAGACCUUUUAAACAGCAGGGACAUAAUAAACCUUGUAUUUGAACUUACAAUCUCUUCUAUACUGGAAUGUAAAAGUGAAUGUUUAAAGGAACAAUAUAUUUCAAGUGCUAUUGAGCAGCUUAAUUUAUUUUUACCAUCUGUUAUUCCGUUGGUUUUGCUGGAUCGUGAGUUUAUUUUAAAGAUUUCCACAUGCAUAAAUAAUGCACAAUCAUCUACCAAUUUGUAUUUUCACACUUUCCUUGAUGUCAACUGUUUUUUUCUUCUGGCCGAUGUUUGCUUUAAGUCUAAUGAUAUUAUUAAGAAGAGAUUGAAGUGUAUCAUGAGUGAUUUAAUAUUGAUAAGUGAGAAAAGUUAUUCAAGGCAAAAAAAUGAUAAACGCUCUGUGUUUAUAUGCAACUGUGUGAAGAAGUUAUGGUUGGUUAUGCAGUUGGUAAGUGAGAAAAAUAAUAAUAAAUUAUUUUGGGAGGUGUUCAAUGAAGUUUUAGACAAUGAAAACACAGUAUUUGUUUUAUGGUUAUUAAAAGAAAUAUCAUUCUUGCAUACUUUUGAUUUAAAUGGUAAAAAUAUUGGAAAAAGCUGUGAAAGAGUGAAGCCAAAUUAUACAUUGUUGGAAAAUAAACUUAAAAUAAUAUUAGCUGAUGCAGAUUCUGAAAUCAUGUUAGAAACUUUUUCUAAUAUUCAUCCAUUAAUUUGUGACUUAUGGAUUAACUCUGCAAAAAUUGAAGUGUACCAAAUAAUAUGGGACUAUUUUAGCAAAAGAUUAAAUGUAACAAAUAAAACAAACUAUGCCCUAUGUAAUGCCACAGAUUUAAUAAACUCUGUUGAUACAGUUAUGUGGUGUCCAAAAGAUUGUAAGGAAGACUUUGAAUAUUUUGUCGGAAUGCUUGUAAAACAUUUAAGAGAAUAUCCCAGGCACUGGGGCAAAAUGAAAGGAAGAAUUUAUUCACAGUUGGGACCCAAUAAAGUCAAAGAUUUAAGAGAUGUUGGAAUUAAACAUGUUAUUAUUUUGUUUCUAUGUUUGUCUAGUGUUAAUUUUGAUGAAUUGUCUAAAAAGAUGAUCUUAUUUUUGGACAGUUUACCACUUGAGAAAAAGAAUUCACCAAUGUUUUGGAACAUUUAUACUGCUAUUAUAAUAGGACAUGUCAAAGAAGGUAGAAACAUAGAAAAAGUAUCCACAUGUAUGGUAAACAUGCUACAAGAAGCCUCAAACAAUCAGAAAUCUUUCCACUUUAUAAAAAGUUUUAUUGAAAAUUUAUUAACAAUAAUAAAUGCCAGUGUGAGCUUGCAAUUAAAUCAAUGGCAACUUAUUGACCAAUGGCUUUUCAAGUAUUUAACACAAUGUUACCAUAAAGAUCUGGAAUUUACAAUGGGUAUUCUUUAUAAUUUGCUUGAGAAGGUUGAAAGUCCUGAUUUGUGGUCACUAUAUGAGCAUGCUUUUAAAAACCAUGUUUAUCCAUUACUUAAACAAAUUGGUGGUUCAGUUAAUGCCCCUGGAAUUAUUGGAAAAAUUGCAGCUAAAAUCAGUUUACUUAUACCAUCAAUGACACAAGAAGCAUUUUGUUAUUUCAACAGUGAGCAUGUAAACGUUAAAAUUUCAUCGCAGUUUUUGUCAGUCAUACUGGAAAUGUACCCUGAUAACUUUAUGUUAACGCCUCAACAAGAAAUUCUAAUUAUUCAAGCUUGGGUCAAAAUAUGUUUGCUAACAAAUGAGUCUUCUGAUUUAACGAGGAGUGUCAUCAAAUUGGAUUCCUUCCCAAAACAUACAGUAAGCUUUGUAGAAUACUCAAGAGAUCCUUUACUAUCUUUCAUUGAAAAUGUGGGAAGUAACAAGGAAAACUCUUUAAACACCAUGAAGUUAUUGGACUCUUGUUUUGGACCUAUCAGCAAAUGGUUAUCCCAAUAUUUAUCUCAACCAGAAAAUGAACUUAUGGUUGUAAGAAUAUACUUUGUGAUGUCACAAGCAUUUUUACACUGUGGGAAUUUAUUAUACUACAGAAACAAAAGUACAUGCCCUUUGACACAGUUGGUGUCAGUACUAUUACUGCCUUCAGACUUUUUGGUUGGAAAAGCUCUGAACCCAUUUGUGUUGAAUGGAAUAAAAAAAUCAUGGAAUGUGUACUUUGAGGCUAUAGUAAAGUUAAAUACAGUGCCUGAUAGCUUCUUAGAAAGGACUUUAAGGGAUCUAUUAACAAAAUUUAUGCCUUAUUUCACCACAGGAGAUUCUCCUAUGCUGAAAUGCAUUGAAAAUGAAACUACUGCUAAUUCUAUACUAGAAAAAUUUGCAGUGGCAUAUUUUAAACACCCUAUAAAAGAAAGUGAUGCCAAUAUACUGAAAGCUUUAAAAAUCAUAAAUAAUUUUGUUGAAUGUUCUACAUCAGAAUAUCUUUUUAAGUUAUUAGUUGAUAAAACUGUAUAUGGCCUUUUUGAAGUUGUGAUAUUUAACUCUCAAAGAAAUGCUGCUAUUGGAGUUGUAAAGGCUAUUACUUGUUCUCCUUUGUAUCAAUCUACAAAUCAAUAUUUUAAACAAAGUAUUAUUGCAAUUACUGAAAAACAUAUGGCAUUUAAUACCAUCCCUUAUUUUCAAUUGAUGAAUAUUUUGGCUAAAUUUAUCCCAAGUGACUUAAAGGAAUUGAUUGUUAAUAUUAAAGUACAUUUGGGGAAUGUGGAAAGAAUGAGAGGAGUUGGUUUUGAUAAAAUACUAAGACAACACAUGGAAAAACUUGAGAAAAGUUUGGAGGAUGUGUAAUAAUGUUUUUAUAUUGUAUGUAAAUAAAACCUAUUUAUUUAUCUUAUAGUUUAAUUAAAAUAAUCUUAAACCUACAUAAUUACAAAUAUAUCUUACUUAAUUUCCUAGCCUCUUAUAAUCAAUUUUUUCGAGUUGUACCAAUGGCCUUAAUUGUUCAGCAAAAAUCCUCAUAUCUUCUGCUAUGGCAUCCUGACCAGAUGGCGCCAAAACAGAUAAUUCCACCAAGUAACUUUGUGAAAUAGGCUCCAAUCCCUCUGGUUUAUUAGGCAUCCCCCCAACUUUAAAUAUCUUUGAAACAGUGAUCUUCAUUCUACCCUUUCUGAACAUGUACCCUCUAGCUGUGUAUUCAAAGUCCACUCUGCACCCCAAUUCAGUUAAAAACUCUACAAUUGUGGAAGUACAUGCCAUAUCUAUACUGGAUCUCACCACUGUAGGCCUACUUUUGUCUCCCAACUCUUGUUGACCAACAUAUCUUAAUUGCCAAGGUGCAUCAGCCACAUCUAAUGCCCUUCUAACCCUCAAAGGUAAUGCUAUCGAGGUGGGACUCGGAUUUGCAGCCCUUAGCGUAAAACAUAAUUCGUGAUCUUGAAAGGACUCCGGCCCGCUGUCUACAUUAUCACAUAACCCUCUUAAGCGGUGUAAUAAAACUUCUACAUACUGAUCCAGAACUGAGCCUUGGAGAAGGUAUUCUUGAUUUGGGAUUAUAUUGCACUUUAAUGCAGCACUCAGCGAGUCCAUAGCAGUCCCGGGUGCACCCAUUUUUGAGAUAUUUCAGAAAAAUGCUUUGUUUACAUCAAAAACCGACAAACAUGUCAAGGGAAUGACAUUCAAUUCGUAGUAGUUCUAAUUCUAUAAUACGUUUGAUCUAUUUUUAUUUUAAAAGUAAAUUUUGCUUGCAGUGUUGCCA